AUGAGUAAUAGUAAUACCCAUACACCGACACCAGUCCGCCAACUCGUUUCACGUUUCGAUAAAUUACACAUUACGUCGAGUUCCGAGAAAGAAGAUCAAUCAGAUAUGUCGAAUGCGCAAGGCACCGAUGAUGCGGCAUCCGGAAAUGGUUCGUUCAUUUGUUUUCAAUUCUCUAAAUGA